UAAUCUCUCUCUCUCUCUCUCCUAUUUAUUCCAUUCUGUUCAUGACACACACACACACAUUACUUACUUCCCACAACCCAAAAAACUAGAAAAACAGAUUUUUCUGUGGUUCUUCUUCUUCUUGAAGACCAUGGUCAUGGGUAGAGGGAAGUUAUUUGUUUCCAUGGUCGUUGUCUUGCUUAUAGUACAUGUUGAUGCUGCAGCACAUGAAGUGAACAAAGAAGAAGAAGCUGACAGAAUCUCAUCUCUUCCUGGACAGCCUAAGGUCUCCUUCCACCAGUUCUCCGGCUAUGUCACCGUCAACGAAGUCGCCGGUAGAGCCCUUUUCUACUGGCUCACUGAGGCUGCUCAAAAUCCCUUGUCAAAACCUUUGGUCGUUUGGCUCAAUGGAGGUCCAGGCUGCUCUUCUUUGGCGUAUGGUGCGUCCGAGGAAAUAGGGCCAUUUCGGAUAAACAAGAAUGCCUCAGGCUUGUACCUCAACAAGUUCUCAUGGAACACCGUUGCAAACCUCUUGUUCCUGGAAACUCCGGCCGGCGUAGGCUUCUCUUACAGCAACAGGUCUUCCGAUCUCCUUGACACCGGUGAUGGUCGUACUGCCAAGGACUCGCUGCAAUUCCUCAUCCGAUGGAUGGAUCGAUUCCCACGAUACAAAAGCCGAGAUGUCUAUCUUGCUGGAGAGAGCUAUGCAGGCCAUUAUGUCCCUCAGUUGGCUAGACAAAUAAUGGCUUACAAUGUCAAUUCCAAGCACCCAUUUAAUUUUAAAGGCUUUUUGGUGGGGAAUCCGGUGACAGACAACUAUUACGACAACCUGGGGACAGUAACAUACUGGUGGAGCCAUGCCAUGAUUUCUGAUCAAACAUACCGGCAACUCCUCAAUAUGUGCGAUUUUCGGCAGAAGGAGUCAAAUGAGUGUGAAUCCAUGUACAGUUAUGCCAUGGAUCAAGAAUUUGGCAAUAUUGACCAGUACAACAUAUAUGCUCCUCCUUGCAACAAUUCUGAUGGCAGUGGUGCAACCCGUCACACUAUGCGUUUGCCUCAUCAACCUCACCAGAUGUUCCGACAGUUAUCUGGCUACGAUCCUUGUACUGAAAAAUAUGCCGAGGUUUACUACAAUAGACCAGAUGUUCAGAAAGCUCUCCAUGCAAACACGACCAAAAUUCCCUAUAAAUGGACCGCUUGCAGUGAAUCACUAAAUCGAAAUUGGAAUGACACGGAUGUAUCAGUUCUUCCCAUAUACCGGGAGUUGAUCGCUUCUCGAUUGAGAAUUUGGGUAUUCAGUGGCGAUGUCGACUCGGUGGUUCCGGUUACAGCCACCAGAUAUUCUCUUGCAAACCUUAAGUUAGCUACCAAAAUUCCAUGGUACCCUUGGUAUGUUAAGAACCAGGUGGGAGGCUGGACAGAGGUUUAUGAAGGGCUAACAUUUGUAACAGUGAGGGGAGCAGGUCAUGAAGUGCCACUUUUCAAGCCAAGAGCAGCGCUUCAGCUAUUGAGAUCAUUUUUAGAGGGGAAGCCCCUUCCAAAAUCUUGAAGAUACAUGGAGAUUUGAAUACUAAGUUCUUCUGUAUUUGAUUGUUGAAAAAAGGGAAAAAAAAUCCCAUAAAUUCACCCGGAAAACGGGAGAGAGGCGGAGAGGAAACAAGUAGGAUGGAGAAGGGUUAAUAUGUUUGUAACAAGCUUUAGGUCAGGGGAAAAGGAAAGAAGUUGAAGGUUAUUAAUUGAUGUUUUCAUUUCACUUAUGGUGUUCAACCUCACCCUCAUGCUUUGAGGUUCUUUAAUCCUCCUUUGCAGUCUUUGAUUAUUAUUCUCCAAUAUCAGCAAUGAAAUUGUAAAAAUGUAUUUAAUUGAAUUCUACCCCACAAGAAAGUUCCAG